AUGCCUGUUAUGAUUACCCUUCUGAUAAGGAAUAUUGAUAACACAAAGACAUCUUCAUUACCAAGAGCAACUCGAAAUAAGGUCCCUGCAAAACCCAGCCAUGAAAAGGCCAUGAAAGACUAUGUAUCAUCUGUCGUUGAUUAUUACAAAACUGGUGGAAAUGCUGACCUUCAAGAUGUUACAGAAGCUUUGUCUAUAGAUGCUUUUCAAUCAAAGGACAAAUUGGCUCGCAGUCCAGUAAAGCAACCAGACCACCAGAAGCUAAUGUUGCCUAAAGACAGUGGCAUAGAAGAAUCUAAAAGUGACAUAUUUCCGCUGUCACCAAAUUCUUUAAAUUGUGCUGAUCCAAGUUCUUCUCCUUUGCUUACACCAACGCAUGUUUCAUCUGGUUCUGCUGAUUCAAGUUCAUCCUUUCUACCUUCUCCAUUGCUCGAAACUCCAACUAUACACUCCAAAAUCAACCAAUCAUCUUCAUCUUUUAAACUGCUAUCAAUAAACCCCAAUGACUUGACUGAACUGUUUACCUUACCAAACAAUAAAUGCACUUCAUUAGCUUCUGAAAAUGCUGAGCCCUUUGAUUGUAUUUUGGAUGAUGCCAACAUCCAUUUUGACCAACCUAGCAGCCCAAAUAGUAGUGGUGAAGAGAUUGACCCGUCAGAUUAUUACACUCCUCUAAAGAAAGGUCUUAAUCUGAUUGGCCAUUCAAGAGACCAAGAUUUUUGUCAAACUAAUUCCAAAUUCAUUUGA